CCGGCAUGUCCUUCUGCGCCCUGUGGUGGUGAAGCUGUCUUCCCCCUCCCGCGCGUCGAUGAUGUUUGGCGCUGCGCUCUGGAAGGCGCUGCUUGCGCUGGCCCUGCUGGGCACACCGUCCGCCGGGACGUCGGCACCUGCGCCGUCGCCUACGCUGGCACCAACGCCCGCGCCGACGUCGGCCGCAAUCAUUGUGACUGGGCAAAUGGGUCCAUCAGCUUGGCUACUUUCGUGGUAUACUGGCGUCUGCGCGCUUCAGCACCCAAGCGAUCCGUCUUUGUGGAUUUUCGCCGUCCAUGAUGGAGUUCAUACCAAGAUGGUUGGUGUAAACAUUGUGAACGGUGUUGACUCGGGAUCACGAAGUGCAAGGUACGUCGCUGAAUAUCAGGAGCUCACCCCUUCAUCAAUCAGCGCUUGUUGGGACAGUGGUGAUAUUGCACCGUACGGGCCGUCUGGCUACCAACUCCUCAACAUCAACAUCGAGCCACAGGACGGCACGACCUGCGCGACAUCCACUGACACCUCCUCCACCAACAGUGUGACCAGCAGCACAGAUUCAACGAUGUCCACGUUGAGCAUGACGUCUGCGACGUACACAACCUCCGUCUCCACCGCCACCUCAAGCACGAGCGAGUCCACUAUUACUGCGACCAGCAAUACUACAGUGAGCAGCGUCACAGGUACAUCGAGCUCCACGUUGAGCAUGACGUCUGUGACGUCCACGACAUCCGUCUCCACCGCCACGUCAAGCAUCAGCGUGUCCACUCUUACUUCGACGAGUAAUACAACUUUGAGUGACACCGCUACAACGAGCUCCUCGUUGAGCAUGACGUCGACGUCCACAACAUCCAUGUCCACCGCCACCUCAAGCACCAGCGUGUCUACUCUUACUGUAACUAGCAGAACUACUGUCAGCAGCAACACAGACACAACGAGCUCCACGUUGAGCAUGACGUCUGCGACGUCCACAACCUCCGCCUCCACCGCCACCUCAAGCACCGGCCACGCUUCAACGUGCCAGGGGGCACGGCGUACAACGAGCUCCACGUUGAGCAUGACGUCUGCGACGUCCACAACCUCCGCCUCCACCGCCACCUCAAGCACAGGCGUGUCCAUUAUCCACAGUACCUCUCUGAGCAGCACCAUUGCAACGAGCUCCACAGUAAGCACGACGCACGCGACCUCUACAACCUCUAUCUCUACCGCAACCUCGAGUACCAGCGUGUCCGCCCUUGCGAGCAGUACCACAGACAACGCCACCGUCAGCGCAGAAGGACCACUGACGGCAAUGACGCCGCUCACGUCCACCAACAUGUUCGCCUCCACGUACGGGAGCACGCAAAUUUUGACGGAAGCGUUCACGUCCACCUCUGCGCUCACGGCGGCGACGACAAACGCUCAUGUAUCGACAUCUACAUCUACUUCCAUGCCAGUGACAGCCAUAAUGACGUCCAUGAUGCUGACAACGAAGACGCCCACAGUCAUGGCAAGCACAUCCACGGCCGCGGCACCGACAGCGUCUACGUCCACCACCACGACGAGGACCACGUCCAGCGCAGACUUCGGCGACGCGGUGGCCCAGCUGGGCUCGGAGAGUGGCCCGCAGGUCGCCUCCAUCGUCGUGGCCGGCGUCGUCAUAGGCGCCCUGCUGGGCGCCGUCGGCUCCUACCGCGCGAUCCGCAUGCGCGCUCGCGCGAAGCGGGCCGUGGACCCGGGCCUGGACCCCGAGCCAGGUCUUUUUAAGGGCGUCUGCCCGGGGCAGUUCGAGCGGCGGCCCGGGCUGGGAGGCCCGAGGCCUCACGAGAGGCCGCCGUGCACGGCCAGGCCGGAGGGCGCGACGCCCGGCGGGCGCGAGGCGAGGAGGCCUCCCGAGAGGCCCGCGGGCAUCGGCGCGGGGCUGGCCUCGCUGAGCGCCUUCGCAUCUCAGAUGUCUGGGAUGUCUGCCAUGUCCAAUCCGCUCUUCAUGGACUCGGUGACGUCGGGCGACUUUACUUCGCACUGACGUCACGCGCGUUGGGUCACUGGCACUCGAGGUGGAAUCACAAAACACCCGGAACUCAUGUUGCCAUACCUCCAUGCAGUGUGCCAUGUGUUUCACCAGUCUUGCCUGUGUAGUUUCGGCGUUCACGGUUUCUUCUUUCCUAGCCGAGACUUGUUGCGAUUGAAGAAUUGCGUCGCACCGUGAGUCAGACUCAUUCUCACCCAGACUCGCUCAUGUGCAUACCCCAGGUUCACUCAGGAAGAGGAGAUGUAUGAGUGGUAGUGGAGGCGGAAUCGGUGGAGACGUUCCUUGCUUGGCCAGUCCGAUAUUACACGGUGCUGGACGACAGGGGAGAUCCCGAUCUGUGAGAUAGGAUGGCCGCGUGGGCAUUUUCAUUCGCGUUUCCUGUCCGCUCGGUGUAGUGUACAGCAGGCUUAGGCAAAACCACUUUUGUGAGCGCGCGGACGCCUCCGUGCAGUUUUCCCUCGAGCAUAUCAGCGGUGGUGCUCGAUGCUGGGCCUAGCCGCGCCCAACGCUGGGCAGAGCAGAGACUCGAUCGGGCUGACUGCUUGAAUAUUGUUUGCUGUCCGAGACGAGUCGCGCUUGAGACCUCCCAGCCAGGCCAGGCUCGGAAGCGGGAUCCUUCCAGGGCACCAGUGGAACUUGUGACACAUGUGUCUAGUCCUCCUCCUCCUCCCCAUCCUUCUCUUCCUCCU